AUGUGCAUUUGUGGUUCUGGAAGUGAAAGUUUACCUAUGCAGCCUACCACUGAGCAUGAAGUGUUGGACCACAUACUCCGAACUGCUCUUUUACUAUGCAAGAUUUUGCCAGUCUACGGGUCCAUGGUGGAAAGUCAGAUGUGGAGGAUACAUAGAAAAUUGGUUUUGAAUGAGAAAGUUUCAUACCUAUCUAUGAUGAAACGACAUCUAGUAGACGGUGCAUUGUGCGAAGAAGGAUCGUCUGAUGGUCUCACGAUGUCCAAAUUUAAUCGAUACCUGAGAUCAUAUGAUUGUUAUAUACAUGGCAGUCCAACCAAAUUCUUUUGCAACAGAAUUUAA